AUGACCCUGUUUACUGCACCGACAUCUUCUCUACCGCCCAUCGGGCGCCUAGCUUCAUAUUCGCUCGAGCAAAUCACAGACGCGCUUGCGAACCUUCGCGGACUGUACUUUCCGCCCAAAUCUACACUUCCGAUAGCCGCCGUCAAGCCUGUCAAGUUGGCGCGGAAUCAUCUGCUUCACGACAAUUCUGUACCGGACUCCGGUUACGCAUCGGCGGAAGAGGAUGACGAAGAUCAGGAGCAGGAGCAGAACGCGGACGAAGAAGCCCUCGAACUUCUUCGUGCGGACGAGUUCGAGCGCUCGUUCGCGGUCAGGUGGCUAACGGGCCUUACAUCGCGUGCCGAUGUCUUCCUUUACCCACCCACGCCUUUGACCGACGAGGAAGAGGAGCAACGCUCUGCUGUGCUUGAUGAUGCCGCGGCUCUGCUCGGCGCCUUCGUGGGCACAGAAUCGGAAGACUCCGACGACGAGGGAUUCGCCCGCAAGUUUACGUGGACUUCACCAGACGGGCCUGUGUCUGUGGUCCUGACAGAUGCACCCAUCCAAAGCGGCGACCACACCUCCGUCGGUCUACAAAGCUGGGCCAGCUCAAUCAUCUUCGGCGAGAGGCUUUGCGCGACACCAGCCGCCUACGGGCUUGGCUCACCCACGCGGGUGCUCGAGCUUGGAGCAGGCACGGGCUUGCUCGCUCUCACCGUCGCCCACCUCUUCGCGCGACAUGAAGCGAAAGAUCGAGGCACCAUCGUCGCGACCGACUUCCAUCCCGGUGUUCUUGCCAAUCUGGAACGCAACGUCGCUGCAAACUUCCCUUCGGCGCCGGAGAAUACGGUGGCGGUGCGCAAGCUCGAUUGGUCCGCACCAGAUUGGAGUCUCGCACCGCUGGACCAGCCGUUCGACGUGCUACUCGCAGCAGACGUCGUAUACGAUCCGGCCCAUGCGGGAUGGAUCCGAGGCUGCGUUGCGAAGGCGCUUGCCCCGCAGGGUGUAUUUUGGAUGAUCCUGGCACGACGUGGCUCUGCUGGAAGGCACGCCGGAUUGGUCGAAGCCGUCGGGAACGUCUUCCCGGCUGUUGACGACGUCUUGCCUACGGUGGAGCCGGCUCUAGCUGUGCUGAUGCAGGAGGACAUCGGGCGCGUUCGAGGUUGUGGGCGGGCGGACGAGGAUUCGUAUAGGCUGUACAAAAUUGGUUGGGUCACCAAGGCGUAG